AUGCAAGGAGGUGUUGUUAACGUUGGUGAUGGUGGUUCUGAAAGUGGGUCAAUAUCCACAGUGUCAAGGGAGGAAAACAUGGUGCUUUCCUCAGAGGAUUCUUCAUGCACUGAUCAGUCAGAGUUGGAAUUGGGCCUUGGGUUGAGCGUUGGUGGUGGCGCUGGUUUUAAGAUGCAUCAUGCUUCGAAGGAUGCUCAGUUUGCUAGGAUUUUGAUUCCUAAAGAUUUUCCUUCUCUGGUUACUUCUGCUGCUUCGUCGCAGCUAAGACCAAGAAUACCGCUGAUUCUAUGUCAAGUUGUGGGGUGGCCUCCUAUCGGUGCUCAUAGAAUGAAUAGCAUGGUUAACCAAGCAAAAGCACCGGCCGUGGUAGGAUUUAACUCAACAACGGAGAACUGUAAAAACGAGACCUCGAUGGUUGAGAAGAGUAACGUUGGCAGCUCUGGUAAGGCUAGGCUCAGACAAUCUCUUUUUGUGAAGGUGAAUAUGGAUGGAAUUCCAAUUGGAAGGAAGGUUGAUCUGAAUGCCCAUGAAUCCUAUGAAAAGUUGGCAAAAACUCUGGAAGAUAUGUUUCUCGAAUCGACCCCAAGUGUCAGUCAAGUUGGCAAAGAUGAAUUAACUAGUAAGUGCUUAUUUAAGUACGGUCGCAGGGAUGUUGUAAGCUGUAUGACAACCAUGUCUCAACUGAUAUAUGGAACUUUAAUCAAAUUGAUUAUGGAUUCUUAA